AUGAAGUUCGCAAUUACCCUCGCUGGUCUCGUAGUCAGCCUUGCUGACGCUAAGCUAAGUACUGGUAUCUGCUACGCUCCAUGGCACCACACCAUUAUCAAUUGGACUGUGCUGCAGGAAGACAUGAGGCAAGUAGCACAGUACUUUUCAAGUAUUCGCACGUUUGAAACAGUUUUAGCUGGUGUGAACGCGAUUGACAUGGCUGCAGCUGCUGGUCUUCGUAUCGCUGUGGGUGUGCAACUAAAGUUUCCUGACCGUAUUGAUGCUGAGAUCCAAGCUGUCUGCGAUGGGUAUGCUCGAAAUUCUUGGGCUGUCGAAGCCGUUUACGUUGGCAACGAGGAUUUGCGAAAUGGCAAUCAUGGCAGAUACUCAUCUGAAGAGCUUGCUGGCUACAUCCAUCGAGUGCGUGCAUGUGUGGGAAAUACGCAAGUUGGUUCAGUGCAGCGAUCCAAUGAGUGGCUAGAUGAGAAUGCGUGGAAACUCGCAGAUCACUGCGACUGCAUCGGUAUUAAUAUCUACCCAUUUUUCACGCCUGGCUCGCAACCUUCGAUUCAGAAGCUACAGACACAAUGGGAUCAAGCAAUAGCAAAGUUUGGCCAAGAAAAGGUUCACCUCACAGAGACCGGGUGGCCGAGGGCUGGCGAAAAUUAUAUAGACAAUAAACCGUCGAUCGAUGGUAUGCAGGUGUACUUGAAUGACUACGUUAAAUGGACUGUUGGUAAACCUCAAUCAUACUGGUUUAUGAUGUAUGAUACGACGGUGAGCUACACUGGCGCAGAAUACGAAAAGCAUUUUGGUCUUUUCAGCACAGACAUGAUCCCACAAGUGAACAUCCCUUCGAGUCCAUGGCAACGCCUUCGUCGGGGAUAA